AUGUCUCUGAACCCCAGUGACUAUGGACGGACAUUAGGUGUGCAUGGGUAUGAGCCAGUUCCAACACCAGACCCCAUGGCUUCUGAGGAGCUACUGAAGUUGACGAGCUGGUUUCCCACAGGAGCUGAGCUGUACUUCUCUGAUCCCCAGCAGUUGGCGGCUCAGUUAUCAAUUCUGACAGACCAGAUCCUGUCUCUGACUGAGAACUGCACCCCUGUGGAUGAGACACUGGAGGCCGACAUUGAGAUAGCCAAGGAGAAAAUUAAAACCAGUGAAGAGAGGCUGAAGUUGCAGGUAGAUGACAUGAAGCGCAAAAUUGUCAUGGAACAGGAGAGAGCUGCGCUGUUCAAACAGAAGGUUCAGCUCUACGAAUCAAUGAAAACACAGAACGAGGAUAAGGUGUCGGACGAUCUGGAUAGCAUGGUAGCAGAACUAUAUUCAAGCUGCGUUGACAGCCGUCCGAACAACCUCAGCACCAUCGAGAAGCUGGCUUGUGUUGAGUACCAAAUGUCUUUGCUGCUCGACGAAAUCGAGAGCAUCCCUGAAGACACUUUGAAGAAACUGAGGCAUAUUCAGAACAAGGAGAAGAGGAGCAGGCUGCGUGAGGAAAAGCAGCGACUGGAGAUGGAGAAAAAAAAAGAAAUGAAGGAGAGGUGCAGUAGAAGAUCCCUGAGUGAAGCCAAGAAAAUUACUGGUAGACAGCUCAAGCCCAGAUCCUUCCUCGUCAAGCAGCCUAUCCAAGUCACUGAGAAGACCUCUGUCCGCCCUAAGGAGGACCUCCAUGCCUACCUCUUCGAAGAGGAUUCAGAUUAAAAAUCUGUUUGUCAUGCUAUCCAAAGUAUAAAAACGCAGUAACAAUACAGCUAUUUGAAUAUGA